UUUAUUUCAAGAAAUAUCAAAAUUUAAUAGAAACAAAUGAGUUCAUUUUUUCAAAUACUUACUUUUGGUAAAAUAAACUCACCAAUGACAUACCAAAUAUACGAUGUCAGACUCGUUAACAUGGUGAAAUUGUUGUUAUCAAGAUCGGGUUUCAGCCUUGAUGGCUUCUACCAAAAUGGUUUCGCGGCGAGUCGUUAGACGUGAAUAUGCGUUGUUUUGGUAUAUCUAUAUCCGCAAUGCAGGCGUGCCUGUGUAUGGCCAGUUUAAAGUGAGUGUAGUGUCGAUAUUUCUGGAUAAAACAUAGCUUAGCAACAAAGGGCAAAAGUACAACACAGAAAUGAAUAAUACUAGCAGUGAGGACACUUCAUCAGAUUAUAGUACAGAAAGUUCUGAUGAUGAUGGAAUGGAAACAGCUCAAAUCAAUGGGGUAAAAAUCCAGCUUCCUCAAGGAUUGUGUGAAAGACAAGAUAUUUUCAGAGAGAUAUUUUCCACUGAGACCUGGAAUUCACUCUCUGAUGUAAACAGACAACAUCUGCAGACUUUUUUACCAAAUUUUCCUGAAAAUGAUGAGUUGGAAAAAACAAAAACACUGCAGAGGUUGUUUGAUUUUGAACCCUUCAAAUUCAACAGUCCUUUGGUUAAGUUUCAUGAUGAUCUGAAAGCAGGUUACUUUAGACCAGACAUAGCACGAAUGCGUGGCAUAAUCAAAAAAGCAGAGCGAAAGGAAGCAAAAUACAGGUACAAAACGUUUAGAGAACAGCUCAAAUAUGAAGUAUUAGAAUCUCAAAAUAAAUUAAUUAAACAAAUUAGAAACUUACCUCCUGGUAUUGAACCGCGGCAAGAGAAAAGAAAAAUAAACAUUGAUUAUGUAUCCCAUAGAACAAAAAGGAGAUAUUUUCAAAUAUUAUCUCAAAUUAAGUUAAAAACGGACGAUGCUGGAUGUUCCUCCGAUGAAAAUUACCCAGAAGGACCUCCAGUUUCCAUGUCAAGAAAACAAAAAAGGCAUUUGAAUAGUGUGAGGAGCAGUUUGAAUAAUUCGAAGGAAAAAUAUUUCAAUUCAACAAUGUUAGCCAAACUGAAUGGGUUUUCAUUAGACUUAGAAAAGUACAUAACUCCCAACUACAAUCCAUUUUACAUGAACGAUGAAUCAUAUAGAAAUAUGAUUCACCAACACAAAAAACGGAAGUUGGAGAACCCGGAAGAUCCUGAACUGAACACGAAGGGAAUUGUUUUGAGCGACAUUGUACAUAGAACACAGUUGCCUUACAAUAAAAACCAACCAAUAGUAAUGAAACAUCAAUUAGAAAACAAGGUUGUUAGCAAAAAGAGAAAUAAAAAAGAGAAUAUCAAUUACAGGAAGUCUCCUGAAAAUCUGUUUAAUAAUAAGGUAAAAGUGAUGUACGAGCCCAGUACUAAUUCUGAUUCGGAUUCAGACUCUUUGAUAGAUGCAGUUUCCAUCAAUACCCCAAAAGUAAGUACUAAAGUAAAUAAAAUAAGCUCGUCACGGAGAACUCCUACUCCUAAAGCAAAAGUGGAUGUAAAGAAAGAGCCCACAACACCAGAACCCUUGGUAAAAUCAGCUAGUGUGUCUAAACCAGUCUGCCCCAAAUCUAAUGUGCUAAAGUCCGUAAACAGCAUCAUUCAGUACGGUAAAAUCACGCCUGCCUGUAUUGAGGAUUUAGAUGGCAUCGACGUCAUGAACAUCCCUAUAGACCUAGACAAUUCCGAUAUCGACAUCUUAGAGCUGAGUAACAAGCCAGAGCUAAUGCAAGACACUCACGCCAAUUUCUUUUCCUUGAUCAGAGAUGUAAUCUGCUCGACAAAUGAACACCGCAUGAACAUGUAUACUUUGCAGGAGCGUUUGAAAGCGUGGCAAGAGAAUCCGAUAAGUCCUCUGAAUGACUGGUAUAGCUAUACGGAUAACUGGAUUGGUAUACUACCCUCGGCAAUAACUUUCCUUUGUGGAAACGCUUCAGAACAACCCGACGACUUCGUACCCUAUAUGGAAUAUAAAUCCUCCCUAGACGUGUAUCAGUGGAUAGGAGCAGGGCGCGACUCUGAUGCUUUACUCAGCUCUCUUUGCAACUUUUGGCUUGAACACAAAUCAGAGAACAAAAAUACGUCUCCAGAAAAGGAUGGUGAAAUCGAUGUUGAUAUUAUAGAUAGGUCCAGUACACCACCACCACCACGAUUCCCCACAACUUGGACUGUACGGAAGGCAACGCCAGAAGAGAUCAAAGACUUUAGAGAGCAAGAGAGAAGAAGAUACGAUAAUCCACACAAAGCCUUCACUUAUCGAUGCAAUAAUUAUGAAUCUGUGGUCGGACCUUUGAAGGGAAUGUAUAAUCCUGCAGUAGGAAAUACUAAAGCUAGAGGUCAUACCAUGUUGUCUGCAGAUCGGCCUAAUUUUGUCACGAUUCUUUCCUUAGUUAGGGAUGCUGCCGCUAGGCUGCCCAACGGGGAGGGUACCAGGGCAGAGAUUUGCGAACUUUUGAAGUCUUCGCAGUAUAUAUCGAAUACAGCGACAGAUAAUCUUUUGCAGUCAGUGGUUUCUGGGGCUCUAGAUAGAAUGCAUACACAAUGGGAUCCUUGUGUUAAGUAUGAUCAGAAGAAGAAAAUAUGGAUUUACCUGCACAGGAAUAGAUCUGAAGAAGAUUUCGAUAGGAUCCAUCAACAUUAUCAAGGGUUGAACAAAUCUAAAAAACAAGCAUUCAAGAAAUCUCCAGCCAAACCAAAAAUGAAACAACCUGCUGAGAAGAACAUAAAAACCGUCACCAAGAGUGAACCUGCUCAGCCAGUUUCCGUGGAGAUUCCCCAACAGCUUUCUACAUCACCGCCCCCUCUCGAAGAAACAAGUUCUAAGGUUUUAAGCAGACCAAGUCUAACACCCCUGCCAAACCCAAAAUCCUCGUUGGUGAGUACUCUGACUCAAAGUUCUCCGCCCGUGCCUAGCCUGAUUACAAUGACGGCUCCUCAGAAGAGCACCAGUUUACUUUUGAGCAACAACAUGCCUAAACAGUCGCAGGAAGUACUCAUACAGUCGACUUCUGUCAUUUCUGAUGAGCCGCCGCCUUUAGCAGCUGCUUCGAAUUUGAGUAUCAAGCAGCAAAAGGAAGACAAGGAAAUCAACGAGGCUCUUCAGGCGAUAAUACAGAAUAGGGUGUCUAGCCCGACUAUCAAAGGUAAAAGUCUUGUAAAAAUUCUAUCGCCAUCACAAGGAAAAUCACUGAUCAUACCCACGUCGAACCCUCAUAUAAUAAAACAAAUUCAGGAGCAGCGCGGUACACCCGUAAAACAAAUGAAUCAAGUCGUCACUCAACAGCUUCUUCAAACAAUUGCGGCCCAACAAAAACAAAUCCUAGUGCAGAAACAGAAGAUGAGUGAAUCGUCGGACAGCCGACAAGACAAAAUUAAGGUUCCUGCCAGCGUCCAACAACAAAUACUGCAAAGUAUAACGCCCCAACAGUUGCAAAACAUCAAAAACGUUACAUUGUUACGACAAUCUUCCAGUUCAAAUGUCAGUCUCGCUCCUAUCGGAAGUGUUUCUCCCCAGUCUCCGAAUGACCAGAGUAAUAUUGUGACUGUAGCCGUGUCGAAAUCAGAUCAGAUGAUUGGUCAACCUGGGGUGCAGAUUAAAACUCAUGGGAAUCUAACUCAGGCUCAGCAACAACAAAUUUUGCAGACAAUCAAACAGAAAAUUCUUCCAAAUGCUGGUCUGUUGGCCAAUUCUCAACAGCAGAUUAUUUUGAAGCAAAAGAGCGGUGUUUUGCAGGUUCAGAAACCAUCUAACCCUAUGACUGUACAAGUUGUGGGGCAACAAAAGAUUGGAUCAGACAACACCGGCAAACAGCUAUCUUCCUCGCAAGGACCGGUUGUUGCUAAAGUUUUGACAAAUGCUGCUGGACAGGUUAUAUCGGUGGAAAGUCUAUUGUCCCAUCAAAAACAACAUAGUUCGUUAGCCCAAGGUACAACAUUAAGGGUCUCCGGAAAAGGUGGUCAGCAGAAUUUAAUUCACCUUACAGGAACCACCAAACCCAACAGUCUGACACAAUAUACAGUAGGAUCUCAAAAUAGCAUUCUCACAUUAACAAGUCAACCGAAACUUGUAGCCUCGCAAUCAACGACAAUUACUUCAUCAGCGACAACAGCCAAAUCUGCAUCUAGAUUAAUCAGCAAGGCUCAAAAUCUCACAAAACUCAACCCUAAAACCGGGCAACAACUGAUAAACACGAAAUUGGUGCAAGGUUUGGAGGGACAACCGAAAGUGUUGGUAGGACAACAGAAUCAGGUGAAGGUUACCGGAGCGAAGGGUAUUCCUUUCUCGAAAUCGGUAACUUUGAACGUUGCCGGCAACACCAACACCAUCAGGAUGGUCAACGCGGCAAAUCUCAACCUCAGCCACUUGGGAGGCAAACCGAUUUUAUUGGCGAGCGGAAAAGGCGGGACGAUCCAAAACCUCCAGGGGCAGAAUGUUAUUUUGCAGACGCAGACCAGCUCAGCGCCGUCUUUGGUAUUGCAAAACUCAGUGAAAAAUACCGUUUCUCAUCAGCAAAGCGGCGCAAACAGCCUGAACAUUCUGAAUCAGCAGAAUAUUGUGUUCGGAUCCCAAGUCAAGAUGCAGCAGCCGCAAGUGGUGUUUACGGCAGCCAAAAGUGGCCAAGUCGGCAAUCAACAAGCAAUAUCGCAGAGUCAUAUCGUGUUGGGCGGACAUCAGGUCAGGUUGCAAACCAGCAACGCCGCCAAUACGCAGAGGGUGGUUUUGGCCAGUCAAGGACAAGGAGGGCAGAUCGUAGCACAGCAGAUACUGUUACCUGCUGGGUUCCAAGGUACAGCUAUCAAUAUCAAGGCCCUUCAAGGAGUAAAGGUUAUACCCAUUGCUCAAGGUUCUGGACAAGGAAAAGGUGUUCAAAGUAGACAAGUUUUAGCACGAGUCAUGAAUCCCGGUUUGGUGAAAACUUCAACGCAGGCAGGAACUAGUAUAAGUGAAAAAAUAACAGAAGUAACACUGCCUCCACGAAGCGGAGAAUGAUCCAAUAUGUAUUUAUUAAUUUUUGUAAAUAUUGUCGAUAAGGUUAAAUUAUUAUUAAUUCACAUCAAGUUCGCAAGUAGAUCGAAUUAUUGGUUGUAUCAUGUUUAUAGUAAUUGUUAAAAUUGUAUAUAGAGCUUUGUAUAUGAUUUUGGUUCAUAAUGUACAUUAUACCACAAGACUUUUUUAUUCCAGUAUUUAUGUGAAUUGACAGAUUAACUUUUUGUAUAAAAAAUGACGAAUGGCUCUCCAAA